AUGCCGUCCCCAAGAGUUCAAAGCGAUUUAAAAAACUUCAAGAUGGAGGACUCCUUCCUCAAGCUAAAGCUUUGGAUUGAAGACUCGCUCGAUCUUUUCAAGAACGACCUUCUCCCUCUACUCUAUCCCGUCUAUCUCCAUAUUUAUUUUGACCUCAUAGUCCAAGAUGAGAUUGAGUCCGCCAAAAAGUUUUUCGGUUUAUACAAGGAAAUUUUUCCAGAUAAAAUAGAGGAAAUGAAGGUAUUUGAAAGCAUCAACUCGCCGCAGCAUAUGCAUGAAAACGCUCUUGUUAUUGGCUUUAGAACCAAUAAGUAUUUCGUUGUGAUGGGAAGGUAUGCAUAUGAUUUAUUGAUUAAUUUCUUAGAAGAAAACAACCUGAUCUAUAUUUUAAAGAUAAUGAAUCAAUAUAUGGAGAUAAAGGCACAAAGUGGUCCCAGAGCUGAAGAGCAAAAGAUGGGAAUCGACGCCUAUGUUGAGAGCUGCCCGCUUGAUCUGAACACUUCUCUUGUUAGCACGGAAUGCGAGGAGUCCAUUCUUGCUCGGAGCAGUACAGGUAUGACCAUUUGGAGACUUACGUGCUUCAGCUGA